CGCAGAGCUGAGCGACUUCUGAAGGAAAUGAGGGAAAGAGAUAGCACAUGAGCCUGCUUCGAAUGUCAUUUUGGCAGACAACAGGCCGAGACGUAUGAAGCGCCUGGAUGCGGGGUGGAAGAAUGGUUGCCAAAUUCGUAUGUGACGUGAGAAAAAGUAAACAAAAUAGAAAAGCGCCAAAACAAACCGAUUUUUAUAAUCACUCUUAACGCAUCAGCACGCAUUACUGCCAAAAACGCAUUGAAAACCCUUCUUUAUUUGACCAAUAAAGAAAUACAACCCAAUUUUCUUUGCGUUGCAAGCACAAUUCGUGAUUUUGCGGCACAAUUUUGUUUUAUUUGUUUAUUUUUAGGUUAUUAUCAUCAUGGAUAAGGCCCAACAAGUACAUACCAUUCGGAAAAAAUAUACAACCGGCAAAGCAAUAUGGACGCGUUUGGAACAGGAAUGGGAAGCAGAAAACAAUUUAGCAACAGCUUCUAUAUCGACUUCAAGCCAGGAAGUUCAUGGUCAACCGGAUAUAUCAAACGUAUGCUUUGAUGAAGAUCCAUCAAUUGAAUGGUUGGAAGAUGAUGAGGACGUCCGUAUCUACCGCCUUUGCAUAUCUCAACCUGAUGUGUUGAAUGACUCCCAUGAUGAGGAACAAUUUGUUGAAUGGUUGGAAGAAGAAGAGGACGGUCACAGCUGCCACCAAAUGUCGGACGAAAGCGACAUUGAAGAUCAGGAUGAGUAUAGUGAAUUUGAUAGAGCCCACAAGAAUCAAGUAUUUGUUGAAACGAUGCGAUUGUGGGCUCUGAAACAUCAAAUCACGCAUGCCGCUAUUAAUGAUUUCUUAGAAGCAAUACUAAAAACAACUGAUUUUUAUGUUCCUAAAGAUUCCAGGACAUUUCUGAAGACUCCUGUUGGCGUGGGAAAAGAAAUUGAAAAUUUGGCUGGUGGACAAAUGUGGUACAAAGGACUAGAUAAAUCUCUGAAAGAACAGUUUCGCACUACUCCGCCUCCUGUAGAUUCAUUUGAAUUGAAUAUUUCUAUGGAUGGUAUUCCUCUGCAUAAUAGCGGAACUACCCAGUUCUGGCCCAUUUUGAUGCAGCUGCAUGGUAUUCCUGACGUUCCAAUAAUGACUAUUGGAAUAUUUUGUGGAACUUCUAAACCGGAUAAUGCAGAGGAUUAUCUGCGCCGUCUGGUAACAGAAAUAAAUGAUGUCCAGGACAACGGAGUAGUUAUAAAUGGAAAACGUAUUUCCAUCUCACUAAGAGCGAUACUUGCAGACGCCCCUGCUAGAGCGUUCAUCAAAUGUGUUAAAAACCACAAUGGCAUACAAGGAUGCCAUAAAUGCAAAAUUUUGGGUAGAAGCUACAUGGGAAGGAUGAUCUUCGAGGGAACAGCAGAAGCACGAACGAACGAAGAAUUUAGAAAUGGAGAUUACUCCAUAGGACAUCAGAUACGCCCAUCGCCGUUGUUAGAUAUUAAACACUUAAACAUAGUAUUAAGACUACCUACUUCGGACGAUUUACAUUUAGUAUAUUAUGGAGUGUUGAGGAAAUUAGUGAUAGGUUUUACGACAGGAUGUUUUAUAAACGAGAAAUGGAAUUUAGAUGAGCAGGAUGAAAUUUCAGGGCUUCUAGUUCAAAUUAAAUUACCGGCAGAAUUUCAGAGAGCAGUAAGGUCCCUUAAAUGUUUAAAAUUUUGGAAGGCGUCCGAAUACCGAACCUUCCUACAUCACAUCAGCGUUCCUCUUCUAAAAGGCAGAAUAAGUGACAGGGCAUAUCACCAUUUUAAACUGUUGGUUGUAGGUAUUACAAUGUUUUCUUCUAAAAUUUAUCAAGACUAUUGGAAGUACGCAGGGUCAUUAUUAGAUCAAUUUGUUUCAGAAUUUAGUUCAAUUUAUGACCGUAAGUUUAUGACUUACAAUGUUCAUACUCUAUUGCAUGUACAAGAAGAUGUAGAAAAUAUCGGACCCCUUCCAACAAUUUCAACGUUCCCAGCCGAAAACAAAUAUCAGCAAAUUAAAAGAUUUGUCAGGACAGGGAAUAAUUGCUUGAGCCAAGUCGUAGGUAGGAUAGGCGAACUUAGUAGAAUUGAAACAAGUACACAGAAAACAAAAUUAACUUAUCCAUAUAUAAAAUUAAGACAGGAAGAGGCAAUUUUACACGUGAGGUCAGAUUUUGUUUUAAGACAGGGAAAUAGAAACGCAUGGUUUUUAACAAGAAAUAAUGAAAUAGUUCGUUACAUCAGGGCAACCGAAUUAUCAGGAACGUUCGUUAUUGAGGGGCACCAGAUUUUAAAGAAAAGGGCAGCUUUCACGUAUCCAUGUAGUUCAGAAGUAAUAUUUAAUUACAUAGCUAGCGUAGAUGAUUUAUCAUCUGAAAUAGUUAGGAUAAAUGUUAGGGAUGUUAAAUGUAAGUUUGUAGCGAUAUCGUUAGAUGGAGGAGUAUCUUUUCAUUUUAGUCCUUUAACGCACACGUUUCAAGAGUAGCUAGCUAGUUAGAUAGUGCAAUAGAAAUAGGCAAAGAGGAGCUUUUUUCAAUAUUAAAAAUUUUGUUUGUAUUAUUUUUCUUUUU